AUGUCGGGGUGCGGGCAUGCCGUGCUGGGCGCCGUGACCUGUCUGCGGGGCCACCCGCUGCGGCCCUGCGCGGCCCUGGCGGGCUCCUGCAACGGGUGCCGGAAGCUGGUGCUGGACGGGGAGCAGGUCAUGGACUGCAGGGCGUGCAACUUCUACCUGUGCGGCAUGUGCCUGCCCGUGGCCGUCCAGGACCCGCCCCUCUUCCGCGGGGGGCGGCGCGCCGAGGCGGUCCCGCCCAUCUGCGUGCGGAACACCUUCAUCGACUUCAAGGAGGAGCGGUCGCCGUCGCAGGAGCCGUGCGGCCGACGCGCGCAGUCCUGCCCGCCGGGCCAGGCCGAGCCGUACGCGGAGCUGAGCCCCCGGGCUCGGACGCCCGUGCCCGCGGCGCAGCCGAGGGCGCAGCUAUUUCCCGAGGGCUUCGAGCUGCCGGAGCACCUGCACGGGGCAGUGGACUACGUGGCGGAGGAGCUGCAGGAGGCGAUGAACCAGAUCAACGAGCAGGGCCUGGCCACCGCCGUGGUGGGCAACGUCAUGGCGGCGGUGAAGCUCGGAGAGGCGGCGCUGCCCGCGGCGGUGGUCAUGCCGGCCGCUCCGGGCAGCUUCUGGCCGCAGUGGGCGCCCGCCCAGGCGCCCGCCUCGGUGCACCAGCAGGCUGGCAGCGCGCAGGGCUCGGCCGGCAUGUGGGGCUUCUUCAGCUCCAUAGACAACGCCAUCGCUGGCACCUUCGACAAGGUGGCGGACGAGAUGAAGGACGCGGCCCAGCUCAUCCGCGACCAGGGGAUGGCGCGCGCGAUGAAGAACGCAGUGGAGCACAGCCUCGGCGGCAACGGACGCGACGUGCUAGUGCAGGUGCGGCCGCCCGUGCAGCCCACCGCCGCCCCCCCGCAGCUGGAGGAGAAGCUGCGGCAGGAGGAGCCUCCGCUCGGGCUCGACGGCCUGCCGAGCAAGGGGUCCACCCUCCACGCCCUGGGGGAGUGCCGGCCCUGCGCCUUCGCGGCGCAGAGCGGCCCGAACGCCUGCAAGAACGGCAACCAGUGCACGUUCUGCCACCUCUGCGAGCCCGGGGAGAAGAAGAGGCGGCGGAAGACGUGGCAGAGGAACAGGCGCGAGGAGAAGGAGCGGGCGGUGGAGGCCGCCCCGGGCGCAGACGGCCGCGCGCCGCUGCGGUCCGUCCAGACCGCUCCCGGCCAGCUGACCAGGAUGGGCGACGCGGACGAGGACUUCAAGGCGCCUGAAGAGAAGGUCUUCGAGCACGUUCCCGAGGGCCUCGGCUGCGAGGACGAGCCCGAGGUGCUCGACUGGGCCGAGGCCUCCGGGUACUGA